AUGAAGGAAGGGUGACAAUAGAAAAAAGAAAAGAAAGAGAAGUUUGAGAUAGAAGAAGAUGGUUAGUAAGGAAGAGAAAAACGUGUUCUCCGAACUAACCGACGACAUCGUUUUGAACAUCUUCUACAAUCUCGAAGACGAUCCUCGCCACUGGGCUCGCUUGGCCUGUGUUUGCACCAAAUUCUCUUCCCUCAUAACCGAUUUCUGUUGGAAGUCCAAAUGCUCCCGCACCAUCCCCUCCGACCUCCUCUCCGCCUCCGACCACCCCCCGCUCUCCCUCCACAAGCUCGCCUUCUGCUGCCCCGGCCUCCGUCACGCCGGUCUCCUCUUCGAUACUUCCGAUUUCGGACUCGAACGGGACCUCGGCCCUGACCUCAUCAACCACUCUUCUCCCUCCAAUCCUCCUCCGCCGCCACCGCAACCUCAAUCUCUACAAACAGUCUCUGAUUCUGAUACCUCUUCUUGCUCUUCCUCGUGUUGGUCGCUUUUUGAUGACCUAUACUACGACACGCUCUACGUGGCGACGGAGUCGGAGGCGCCGCGGCUGGCGGAGCCGGUGAGCGCGGGCGUCGUUUCGAAUGGCGCGUGCAAGAAGCGGAAGGUAUCGCGGUCGUGGCGGUCGCACCUGGCGUCGGGGAGCUGGAGCCUGAGCCGGGAGCAGGGGAGCAAGCUGCUCGGGAGGCAGUUCCGCGACGAUAUCCUGUACGUUUGCGACUGGCCGGGUUGCGUGCACAAGGAGGAGAAGAGGAAGUACCGCCUCUUUAGAGGCGUUUUCAAGAACUUCAAACGCACUAGGGUUUGGAGAACCAUUCACGACGGCAACAAGAGGAAGCUGGAUCUGCCCUGCGCCUUCUGCGCCUGCAAAUUCACCUGGGAUCUCCACUCUGCCUUCUGCCUCCGCCGUGUGUUCGGCUUUCACGACGACGGAGAGCCUGUGGUAAGAGCCUAUGUUUGCGAGAACGGACAUGUCUCCGGUGCUUGGACCGAUGUUCCCAUGUACACUUGAUUCAUUCAUUCUCACAACAAUUCUCUGUUUCAAAUCUCGUUUAGACUUUCUGUACUGCAUUUUUAUUUUCACCAAUGUAUCUUUCUAUCUGUCAUUUUCAUUUCGGAGUUUCUUGCUGCUAUAAACACACGAGUGAUUCAGCUUCA